GGGCGCCCAUCCCCGGACGGCCCCCUAACCGAGUCUGCUCUCUCCGCAGGGGCGCCCGUGGUUGCCGAACUGCGCUGCCACUGCUUGCAGACUGUGCAGGGAAUUCACUUCAAGAACAUCCAGAGCGUGAAGGUGACACCCCCGGGACCUCACUGUGGCCAAACGGAAGUCAUAGCCACUCUCAAGAAUGGCCAGGAAGCUUGUCUCAACCCCGCAGCCCCCAUGGUUAAGAAAAUCAUCAGUAAGAUGCUAAAUAAGAGCAGCACCAACUGACCCAGAGAGAAGUAAGAAGCUCAUUGGCGGCAGGUGCUGAAAAGGCAUCUCUCCUCUUACAGGAACUGAAGAUGUAGAAGAGAACAGCUGGCUUCUAGAAAGGACUAGACAUGCUGGGCUAUUUUUUAUCUAUUCUAUUUAUUUAUACAUUUAUUUAUUUAUUUUUCAAAGCUCUUAUUUUAAUAUUUUACAUGUUAAUAUUUAAAGAUGUGAAGGUGUUUAAUGAAACAUAAUUCAGUCCUGAUUGUUAUUUAAUAUGAAGAUCAUUGGUUUUAAAUGUCUCAAACUUGUAUUUAUUGGGAGACCAUAAAGUGCCAAGCACUGUCAUAGAGGUACAGGGGGUGGGUGGGAGAGGGAGGUCCAAGCAAUUGGACAGUGAGAUCACUAUUAGAAUCAGGGAAAGUGUGUGCACAUCUAUUUUUGUACUUGUUUAAAAGAAUGUCGGUUGUUAUACUGAAGUUAUUUCAUAUUAUGUCGUCAACAUUUUUAUGUUGAAGUUUCCCUUGGACAUUUUAUGUCUUGCUUGUAGGGCAUAAUGCCUUGUUUAAUGUUCAUUACACAAUGUUUCUCUUUGUUUUGGAACAAAGAAGUUAAAACUGUUGUUACUUUUUUAAAUGACAUGAAAAUAAAAGUUUUGCAAAAAAAAAA